AUCCAUACGCUCAUGUUUCUUUCCUCCAUCAAAGCAAAACAACUGAGAUCAUUCAUUCAACUCUAAAUCCUACAUGGGACCAAACUCUCAUAUUUAAUGAAAUUGAGAUCUAUGGGGACCCACAGACAGUAGCCCAAAACCCACCUAAAGCUGUUAUUGAACUUUUUGACAGUGACCAAGUGGGUAAAGAUGAAUUCCUUGGAAGAAGUGUUUGUUCCCCCAUGGUCAAGUUAACCCCAGAAGAGGAUGUCACACCAAAACUGCUCUGGUAUCCUGUAAUAAAUAAUGGCAAAGCUAGUGGAGACAUUCUUUUUGCUGCAGAACUUAUUUUGAGGGACAAGGGUGGUGCCAACCUUCCAAUUCUUCCAUCACAAAGAGCACCAAAGCUUUACAUGGUACCUCAAGGAAUCAGACCUGUAGUCCAACUCACUGCUGUUGAGAUUCUGGCUUGGGGGUUGCGGAACAUGAAAAACUACCAACUGGCGCCUGUCACGUCUCCAAGUCUCAUUGUGGAAUGUGGGAGUGAAAUGGUGGAAUCUGUGGUGAUCAAAAACCUCAAGAAGACACCAAAUUUUCCAUCUUCUGUUCUUUUCUUGAGAGUUCUUUUGCCAAAAGAGGAGUUAUACAGUCCAUCCCUCGUUAUUAAAGUAAUAGACCACAGACCAUUUGGACGGAAGCCCAUUGUGGGACAGUGUACUAUAGAUUUGCUGGAAAGAUUUCGCUGUGACCCCUAUACUACCAAAGAAGAUGUUGCACCACAACUGAAAGUUAGUCUGCUCUCUGCUGUACCUCGCCAGGAUACAGUAAUUGAAAUGGAAGACACACAGCCACUGCUAGCAGCUCAGCUUACAGAAAAGGAGGAAGAAAUUGUUGAUUGGUGGAGCAAAUUUUAUGCUUCAGUAGGAGAACAUGAAAAAUGCGGACAGUAUAUUAAAAAGGGAUAUGACACUUUAAAGGUGUAUGACUGCGAAUUGGAAAAAGUACCUGAAUUUAAUAGCUUAACAGACUUCUGUGAUACAUUUAAACUAUACAGAGGCAAAUCUGAGGAUGGUGAUGAUCCAUCAGUAGUUGGGGAAUUCAAGGGGUCCUUUAAAAUCUAUGCACUACCUGAUGAUCCCGGUGUUCCAGCUCCCCCCCGCCAGUUCCGGGAGCUACCAGACAGCGGGCCUCAGGAGUGUAUUGUGCGGAUUUAUAUCGUGCGAGCUCUGCAGCUUCAACCCCAAGAUAAUAAUGGGCUGUGUGAUCCCUACAUAAAAAUAUCCCUAAGUAAAAAAGUAAUUGAAGACAGAGAUAAUUAUGUGCCAAAUACUCUCAACCCAAUUUUUGGCAGAAUGUACGAACUCAGCUGCUUCUUGCCUCAAGAGAAGGAUUUGAAAAUUUCAGUCUAUGACUAUGACACAUUGACUCGUGAUGAAAAAGUGGGUGAAACCAUAAUUGAUCUUGAGAACAGAUUCCUUUCUCGUUAUGGAUCUCACUGUGGCAUCCCACAGCAGUACUGCAUUUCAGGUGUGAACACCUGGCGUGAUCAGCUAAAACCAACCCAGUUACUGCAAAAUGUAGCCAGGUUCAAAGGCUAUGCUCCUCCUGUCCUCUCUGAGAAUGGCAGAAAGAUUAACUACGGCGGACGAGACUAUACUUUGGAGGAAGCUGAAGCUAACAAAAUUUUGCAUCAGCAUCUUGGUCCCAGUGAAGAGCGGCUCGCCCUUCACAUCCUUAGAACCCAAGGUUUGGUACCUGAACAUGUGGAGACGAGGACCUUAUACAGCACCUUCCAGCCCAACAUCUCCCAGGGAAAGCUCCAGAUGUGGGUUGACGUUUUCCCCAAAAGCUUAGGACCACCAGGCCCUCCCUUCAACAUCACUCCCCGAAAAGCCAAGAAGUAUAUCUUGCGGGUAAUUGUCUGGAACACCAAAGAUGUCAUUCUGGAUGAAAAGAGCAUCACAGGGGAAGAAAUGAGCGACAUUUAUGUGAAGGGAUGGAUGCCUGGUAAUGAAGAAAAUAAGCAGAAAACUGAUGUUCACUAUCGAUCACUGGAUGGUGAAGGGAACUUCAACUGGAGAUUUGUUUUUCCUUUUGACUACCUCCCAGCGGAACAACUCUGUGUAGUUUCCAAAAAGGAACAUUUUUGGAGUCUUGACAAGACAGAAUUCAGAAUCCCACCCAAACUGAUCAUUCAAAUAUGGGAUAAUGACAAGUUCUCCUUGGAUGACUAUCUGGGCUUUGUGGAACUAGAUUUGCAUAAAACAAUCAUUCCAGCAAAAGUUCCAGAGAAAUGCAAUAUAGACAUGAUCCCAGAAUACAAAGCAGACAGUUUUCAGAAGGCUCCCAGGACUGCCUCUCUCUUUGAACAGAAAUCCAUGAAAGGAUGGUGGCCAUGUUAUGUUGAAAAGGAAGGCUCCCGAAUUCUAGCGGGUAAAGUUGAAAUGACAUUGGAAGUUGUCAAUGAAAAAGAAGCUGAGGAAAGGCCAGCUGGUAAAGGAAGAGAUGAACCCAACAUGAAUCCCAAACUAGAUCUACCAAACCGACCAGAUACUUCCUUCCUUUGGUUUACAAAUCCCUGCAAGACAAUGAAAUUUAUUGUGUGGCGCAGAUUUAAAUGGCUCUUCAUAGGCCUUAUCAUCCUGCUCAUUUUACUCUUGUUUGUAGCAGUGCUCCUCUAUUCACUGCCGAACUAUUUGUCAAUGAAGAUCGUGAAACCAAUUUAAAGAAGAGUUUUUUACCUCAUCUUUUUAAAUAUUCAUGAGGUUUUGCCUCAGGCUGUGGACCAAAUUCAUCAAGGCUCUCCAUCCUUUUUAUCUGCUAGCAUUAGGAGCUGUAAAAAAAUAGAUAAGUAAGAAUUUAACCAGGGUUAGCCGAAGUUCAAGGGAUCAUGAGAAGUGGUUUUUUUAAAAACAAAACAAAACAC